CAUCGCAUUUUCGUGCGGAGACCGUUAAAUCAAGAUUGUUAUAAGAAAAUUAAAAAAUGAGUAAAUAAAAAAAAAGAAAAAAUAACUCUGACGCAUCUGCAUCCUUUGUUUCUUUGAUAUUAUUCUUCACAUUAAUAAUUUACACUACAAUUUUGUUACAGCUAUCUUAGUCGUGAUAUACUUAUAUUACAAUUGAUAUUUUAUGAAGCAAAAUAAGUUAUGGAUUAUGGAGACAGAGUGUCUAAAUUGAGUAACAGAUGUAGUGAGCGUCAACUCAAUGUUAUUGAAAAAGAAUAUAUUCAACGUGUACAGCAGCAAAACUGGGACCGGGUUAAAAAAUGGUCCAGAAUCCGUUAUAAGAAUCGUUAUCUAGGAACUGCUUUAGGAGUUGGUGUAUUUUCUAUAUAUUUAUAUUCUAUGUGGGCAAUUAAACAAGAAAGUUUUUUAGAUGAUUUUAAUGAACCAGAAAAAGUCAUUGAAUAUUAUUAACGCAACAGAAAUGACUAU